UGUGCGCCGCGGGCAGCGACGUCUGUUACACAGGAAUCAACAGUAAACACAGAUUUCUUUAACUGUCUAUGUUGUCGCCACACCAAGAACAAGCCAGCUAAGGAAUACAUGAGCAGAAAGUGAUGUGCUUGUCCCAUCUGACAUAGUGGGACACUAUAGCUGAACCCCCUACCUGUCCUGUUGCUGGUCCCCCUGAAGACAUCCACCACUACCCCCACCUCCUUACUCGUCCUCCACCUCCUCUUCUUCCCUCCGGCCGCCCCUGUGAUGCCUCCCUCGUGCUGUGGCUACCUGUCACAGUACACUCAUCAUCAUCUGGUUGUCUUCCUCCUCACCUUUUUUAGCUAUGUGUUGCUACAUGCAUCCAGAAAGACGUUCAGUAACGUGAAAGUCAGCAUCUCAGCCCAGUGGACACCAUCUUUCCAGAAUGGCAGCGCUUCGGCUUUCUCUCCUGGCGAGACAUGGGAGAAAAAUCAUAUGUUUGCAGAUGAAAAGCAGGCCACCUUGUUCCUGGGAGCUCUGGACUCCAUCUUCCUUUUUUCAUAUGCAGUGGGUUUGUAUCUCAGCGGUGUGAUUGGAGACAGAUUGAACCUGCGCUACGUGCUCUGCUUUGGCCUGUGUGGCUCUGCUGUAGUGGAGUUUCUAUUUGGCACUCUCACCGAAUGGCUCCACAUCUACAACAUCUAUCUGUACUGUGGCCUGUGGGUGCUGAACGGCCUGCUGCAAUCAGCUGUCUGGCCCUGCGUGGUGGCCGUCAUGGGCAACUGGUUUGGCAAGGCGGGCCGUGGCUUUGUGUUUGGCCUGUGGAGUGCUUGUGCCUCUGUAGGCAACAUCCUGGGGGCCUUCCUGGCUUCUAGCGUGCUCAAGUAUGGAUAUGAGUAUGCCUUCCUGGUGACCUCAAUGGUGCAGUUUGCCGGGGGUGUGGUUGUGUUCUUCGGCCUACUUACCUCCCCAAAAGAAGUCGGUUUGAGCUUGGAGUCAGAGACUGGACUCAGUCCGGUGGAGAGGGACACAGACAGCCACAGGCCUUUGAUGAGCGACGAGGAGGAUGACGAUGAGGUGGAGGCGGAGGUGUACACCAGACAAUACCAAACAGUUCAGCAGCCGGACGAACCUCUGGCCGAGGCUCCUCGAGCCAUUGGCUUCUGCCAGGCUUUCUGUCUGCCUGGAGUGCUACCUUAUUCCCUGGCGUAUGCUUGUCUGAAGCUGGUCAACUACUCUUUCUUCUUCUGGCUUCCUUUCUACCUGAGCAACAACUACGGCUGGAAGGAGGCCGAGGCUGACCGCCUCUCUGUGUGGUAUGAUGUCGGAGGAAUCAUCGGAGGGACCGUUCAGGGCUUGAUUUCAGAUUGCAUGGGAAAGAGAUCCCCAGUGUUGGCCAUGAGCCUGGCACUGGCAAUGGGAGCCCUGGUGGGAUACAGCCGCUCACCGAAUGACCAGGUGAUUAACGGCGCGCUGUUGGCUACCACUGGCUUCUUCAUCGGCGGCCCGUCUAAUAUGAUCAGCUCUGCCAUAUCCGCUGACCUGGGGAGACAGGGGGCUCUCAGGGGAAAUCAGGAGGCUCUGGCUACUGUCACUGGCAUAGUGGACGGAACAGGAAGUAUAGGAGCUGCGGGGGGACAGUACCUGGUGUCCCUGAUUGAGAGCAAGCUGGGCUGGAUGUAUGUGUUCUACUUCUUCAUUGUCAUGACGGGGGGCAGCAUUGUGUUCAUCAUUCCCUUGCUCUUUAAAGAGGUGCUAGCCAUGUGGAGAGACAGACAAGCGCUGCGGCGCCAGCUGUGAACACGUCAACAUCUGCCAGCCGUAAUGUUCCUACUCUUAUCAGUGGCAACACAGCAGGGCUGCUCACAAACAGCUGCUUUUUGGUGAGUUUCAUGAGGUAUAAAGAUUUGUGGGACUCUGUUUCUCACAGCCACGAUGGUUAAGGUGACCUAGAGUUACAGAGUUACCAGUUAAACUUCCACAAUGACCAGCGUUUGGCUAUGAACACCCACGUGAGCAGGCAAAGAGUCUUUGAGCACAACACUGAAAUCGCAUCCACUCACUAAAAGCCU